UGUUUCAGAGCUAGGGUUAAUGCGCGAAAGAGUUCAAAUCUUAGAGGUAAAGCUUGAGACAUCUUAUGGAUUUUGACCUGCUUUUCCAACGGCUCUAUAUUUCUUCCCGGCACCUAUUUAGAGUAAAUAUUCCUGCUGUUUUUUUUUUUUUUGCAAUUCAGACACCAAAAAAGACAGUGCUCCUUUAAAAAGUAUGUCUCCCCCUCCCCUUGACGACCGAAAAAGGUGUGGUUUGGCGUUAGUGCCAGGCAGGUGUAUUUGACAGGCAAAGAGGAGCAUCAGAUAACACCUGAGACCUGGGCUGUAGAUACCGCAUAGAGAUAAAACCUCUCUCGUUACCAAAACUCGAAAACAAAAUUGUUUCACUAGUGGCCACAGUGCAGGCUCCUCGGGGAAAGCGACCAUGAACUGGGGAUUCCUGGAAAACGUGCUGAGUGGAGUGAACAAGUACUCCACGGCCAUAGGCAGGAUCUGGCUCUCCAUCGUCUUCGUCUUCCGGAUACUGAUUUACGUGGCGGCCGCGGAGCAGGUCUGGAAGGACGAGCAGAAGGAUUUUGUGUGCAACGUCAACCAGCCCGGCUGCGAAAACGUGUGCUACGAUUACUUCUUCCCCAUCUCCCAGGCCCGGCUGUGGGCCCUGCAGCUCAUCAUGGUCUCCACCCCGUCCCUCCUGGUGGCCCUGCACGUGGCCUACCGGGAGCACCGAGAAAGAAAGUGCAAGAAGAAGCUCUACAUGGACAAGGGAAAGAUCGACGGUGGCCUGUGGUGCACCUACCUCAUCAGCCUCAUUUUUAAGACCGCCUUUGAGGUGGGCUCGCUGCUGGCCUUCUACUUCCUGUACAGUGGCUUUGACGUUCCCAAGCUCCUCCAGUGCGAUCAGACCCCUUGCCCCAACACGGUGGACUGCUUCAUCUCCAAAGCCACCGAGAAGAAGAUCUUCCUCUACAUCAUGGGCUGCGCCUCGGUCCUGUGCAUCGUCCUCAACGUGUGCGAGAUGUUGUACAUCAUCUCCAAGCAGUGCUGGAAAUGCUUUUCCAAGAGCUGUGUCCCGCUGGAGGAGAAGGUCCACUGCCAGUGCCAGCAGCACCCAGGAGCCAACGGCUCUACAGCCGCAGAGCCCCUCGCACAGAGCCCAGACUCGAACAGCUGAACAACCCGAGGUUAAAAAAACGUCUUGACGCACGAGGUGUUACCAGCGAUUGUUUUGUGUGUGCCCAACUGACAGGCUAAAGCAGGAAUUCAGGGGAAGGGCUGUGGCGUCUCCUUAGGCCAGACAACACGAAGCUGUCAAGAACCCAUCAUGACGAACGGGAGGCACAGAGGACCUGCCUGCCCUCAUCUGUUCACUCGUGAAAUUUCUGUCUUUACGUCCUGCUCAAAUUCGAGCAACACACUCUGCCGCUCUGCAACUUCCUUAAUCAGCACAAUGUUGCAGUACUCAUAAAAAAUGACUUUCGUGGCUUUUGAAAGCAGUUCCUCUGGAAUAUCGUGAUCCUAUUCUGCUGUUGUCAUUAGAGGAGUUCAGCGGAGUGGAAACAAACUACAGCGAAUCUGAACAGCAAACAGGAAGAGAAUGGCCAACAGCUACAGUGGUGCCACUGCAUAAUUCAGCCUCAAUAAAAACGAGAUGAUACAUAAGAUUGUACCGGGUGAUACAUUUUCUAAUACGAUUUAUUAAUGUUGGUUUUCGGUAAGGUUACGUGUCAAAUCGAUCAUUAGAAAUGUUAACACAUAAUUUAAGUUAUACCUGACAAAGGAUAAAACCUUGUUAAUUGCAGAAAACCUUAAAGACCAUUCAUGAUACAGAUUUCUUAUGCUUUUAAUUACAUUAAAACCCUACUAGUAAUAUUCUUUAUAAGAAAUCAGCAGAAUUAUGUCCAAUCUAAAAUAUGUCAAAUGAAUAGAGUGAUUUUUUUCCCCCUUAGAUUUCUAACAUAGGCUGACAAGUUCAACUUGUUACGCCCUCAAGAUCCAGCAUUUACAUGACUUGAUUUCUUGAUGUUAAACUGGAUAUAUCCUUUCUGCUGGACGUUUCUUUAUGUGAAUGAGUGCCAUUGUAAACAUAAGCUGCAAGAGUGGGCUGGAGGCUAAAAGAGACCAUCCUAAUCACCAAGUAGGACUCUUCCCGUGCUCCAACCCUUUGUCCCUCACCCCUUUUGAGAAAUCAUCUUAAGAAACUAAACUGCAUGGCUCUUCCCGAAUCUGCCUUAUUUAACUUUUGUAUUUAAUUGGAUCUUCUUCACCCUUCAAAAUGUUCCAGCUUUGAGACCAGCCUUGAAUUCAGCCAGCUGUAAAUCACCAUGAGGAUGAUUAAGAAAGGGGUAUGGCAGAGCCGAUGGACUGGUGGCUGGGCUAUCCUGCUUUGCGCCAGUCACUUGCCAGAACAGGCUCCGUCUCCCCCGGGACUCUGAAUUGGAUAAAGCUGUUAGAAGAUGGAAUAUGAAAGACCAUUCAUUCAGAAAACAUGAAGAUCUUUACCUGUAAAAUUGAGCAUGAGGCUGUAUUUAUCAUACAACUUAUUAAACAGCUGCAAAUAACA